UUUCAGGUGUUGUGUCGAAAAAAGCCCCCCGGGUAAUUUACUCGUUGGCUAGCAACGCUCUGGUCAGCUUAGUGUUGACUAAAGUAUCAUAAUUGCAGAAAUGCCAAAUUUAAAGCUGAUAUCUGCAACUGACACACAGUAUUCAGCAGAAGUCCUGAAGGCCCUGAAUGACCAGCGAAAUCAUGGAUUGUUUUGCGACAUCACAAUCAUCAUACAGGACAAGAAAUUCAGGGCUCAUAAGACGGUCCUGUCCGCCUCCAGUACGUACUUUUACCAGCUCUUCGCGGUUGCCGGACAAGUGAUCGAGCUGAACUUCAUCAGACCAGAAAUCUUUGAGCAGAUUCUCAACUACAUCUACAGCUCCAGAAUUGUCCGCGUUCGCUCCGACAUGGUCGAGGAGCUUAUAAACGCCGGACAAAUACUGGGAGUGAAGUUCAUCGCCAACCUGGCUUUACCUCUGUCCCAGGUGAAAGGCAUUUCUGGCUUGUCUAAAGAGCCGGAGCAGAAAAGUGAUACGGCUUCAGAGAAUAUGCCGGUCAUCACGGAGUCCUUCUCCAUUUCUGCGGAGGAAUUCAACCAGCCGAGCAAACCUGCGGGAAACGAGGAUGACUCGGACGACGUUGUGUUCGUGUCGCAGACAGAGGCUCAAACCAAGACGGCCAACCCAAAGGUCAGCUCUGAGGUCAUCGAUCUGGAUGAGAUCGAAUCGGAAAGUGUGGAACCAAAACAGAGCGUCAAGUUAAAUAAUGGUGUUGGCGUACACGAAAAACCAGCUACCACCCUGCAGAAGAUGAGCUCUGCGACGCUUCCCAGCCAGCCGGUGAAGAGCCCUCUUCGCAGUCCCGACAGCAGCUCCAACGUCUCGUCUCCCCCUGCCUCAGCCUCCACAGAAAGUGUCCCUUCAGCCCAGGYCUCUUCAAACAGCCUCCCCUCUGGGCCGCCCAACGCCCCUCUCCCCUCUGAAAACAGGGACGUGUUGGGAGUCCAAAAGAAGCAAAUCACCACUUCAACCCAACAAGGGCAUUCAAAGAUAAGACUUUUAGAUGUUUCCGAAGCCUCGGCACUGAAAUCCAACACCGACGGGCAAACAGUGAAUACACCCACAGAACUAGAUUCUUUCUCAUCAGGCUGUAAAGUGUACACGAAUAUCGGAGAAGAUACUUUUGACGUUGUCCCACUUAAAGAGGAUCCGGGGGAAGGAGGCUCUAAAGCUGGUAAAGGGAAGAGAUCGUUCAUGGCGACACUCUUGAAAGCCUCUGCUAACCCACCUCAGUCAGAAAACGUAGGACCGAACAGGAAGAGGAAAAAAGCAGAGCUCGAGGACCACUACGAGCUGGACAUGGAUGGGAAGACCUUCUUCGUUUGCAUCAUAUGCAAGCGUCCCUACGUGUGUAUGACGAGUCUGCGUCGUCACUUCAACACGCACUCGUGGGAGAAGAAGUACCCGUGCCGCUACUGCGACAAGGUCUUUGCCCUGGCUGAGUACAGAACUAAACACGAAACCAUCCACACCGGCGAGAGGAGGUACCAGUGCCUGCUGUGCAACGAAAUGUUCCUGAACUACCAGGCGCUCUCCACGCACUGCAAGUCGGUCCACAAUCAGGAUCCGAUGGGGAGGAAGGAGAAGGACGACGGCGAGAACAACCUGUACCGCCUGCUGCCGGGCAAAGUGGGGCAUAAAAGGAUGAACACGUGGGAGACGGAGCCCCUCUUACCCCAGGACGGCGACGUGCCUCACGUGAACACAGGCGACGAGGCCGUCCUCUCGGCCACCCAGAGGUUGGAGUGGGACAGCAUGUUUGGGCCCAACGCUCACGUGCAGCCGGACACCGCGGCGCCACUGGUGCCGACGGUGAACUCUCCUCCACAGGGACCCUCAGAGUUCGAGUACAUCACACCAGAAACUUAUUAAGAAGCUCUAACCAAUCCUCGGUAACUGUGCCUUUUUUCUUUUAUUUUUUGUUUCAAUUUCAUUUUAACUUUUAUCUCAACAAUCAUUUGGAACGAAUAAAUAUUUGAAAGGUUUGCCGUAUUGUGAAAGAAAAUAACAGUCCCGACGUGUAAAAAUGCACAAAAAGUAUACAUUAGGUGUGUUUAAAAAAAAAGCAACACGUUUGUCGCUUCCGAUUUAAAAGUCAAAGCAAACACGUAGCGUCAAAUUCUUAAAGUACUAAAAACUGAGUUUGAAUUUAUUACAAUGAAAUU